AUGUCGUCCCCUAAGAAAAAAACAGACAAGUCUAUUUUAAACAAGAGCAACGUUGAAAUUGUUGACAAGGCAGAAUAUUUCAAGAAAGAACUCUUGAAGACCAAUUCUGUCAACAACAACUUCAUCAACAACAAUAACGCUCAGAUUGAAGUGAAUCACACGAGAAAAAUUGCGGAACCCAACAGCAACGACACCAAUGAUAAAAACGUAAAGAAACUGAAGUCAUUCGUGUGUUACAUCUGCCUUUCGACCACAUGCCUAAAAGCUUUCUGUCCUAAAUUGAAGGCGAAAGAGAAGAUAACCUCUCUUCUCCCAACACCAAGAAAUACACCAACAACAGCCACCAAAGUCCAAAAAGCAACAACACCAUCGUCAACAACACCGUCAUCAACAAAACAAUCACCAACAACAACCCCCGCCAACAACACGAGCUGCAACAUUAAUAGAAACAGUAGAAAUUUCCAACAACAACAACAGCCACUGCAACACCAGUUCCCACCAAAGCAACAACGGAUUCCUCAAGUCAUUUCUCAACGCCAGUACAAGUCUUGCAGGGAAUUUGGUGUCAAAUGCCCAAAAUGUCUACGGGUGAUCUUUGCCAAAGACUGGGUCCGGAAAGCGCGAGAGUUCACAUAUCACAUUGCAUGCUUUGCAUGCGACAGCUGCAAACGUCAACUAUCAACGGGAGAGGAAUUCGCCCUUCGUGGCGACCGUUUGUUAUGCAAACCACACUACAUAGAUCUCAUCGAGGGCGGUCCUGGUAGAGAGAGCGCCAGUAGUCAAAAGCCGAAGGCAAAACGCGUGCGAACAACUUUUACCGAAGAACAGCUACAGUUUCUACAAGCAAAAUUUCAACUGGACAGUAACCCUGAUGGUAACGAUUUGGAGCAGAUAGCAGCCCAAGCAGGCCUCAGUAAGCGAGUCACACAGGUGUGGUUUCAGAACAGCCGGGCGCGGCAGAAAAAGUAUCAGCAACAACGAAAUAAAAUCAAUGGGAGCUCACGGACUCUUUCCCCUCCAACGGGAGUUAACUCUAGUAUGUUUCCUUGCCCAGCUACUAGUACCUACUUUUGCCACUAUGGGGAGUUGAUAUCAGUCCAGCUCAAGUCUGGUGGUUGGCAUUGUAGCCGUUUCCCUUAG